AUGCAGGUCUAUACUGAGCUCACGGCUCCCACAGCCGUUACCCACAGCCUGAGUCUGCCUCUGACUUCUGCAACCGCCAACAACCUGGUCGUUGCAAAGGGCUCGCUGCUCCAGAUCUUUACCGUCAAGAGCAUCUCUGCCGAGCUCGACCCCGAAUUCCAGCCCAAUCAGCCGGCAGAUUCUGACACCCGAUUUGACCGUCAAGUAAACGAUGACGAUGGCCUCGAAUCCUCCUUUCUCGGCGGCGAGUCCAUGUUUAUGCGAACCGAUCGGACGAACAACACCAAGCUCGUGCUUGUUGCAGAGAUUCCGCUUGCGGGAACAGUAAUUGGACUGGCAAGAUUAAAAACAAGCAAGACAGCAUCGGGAGGCGAGGUUUUGUUGCUUGCGUACAAGGCGGCUAAGAUGUGUCUGGCAGAGUGGGACCCGAAGAAGAACGAGCUCGAGACGAUUUCUAUCCACUACUAUGAAAAAGAUGAGCUGCAAGGAGCACCGUGGGAGGAGGUGUUUGGGGAAUAUGUCAACCACCUCGAGGCUGAUCCCGGCAGUAGAUGUGCCGCCUUCAAAUUCGGCACCCGAAACCUCGCCAUUCUGCCCUUCAGACGCUCCGAAGAAGACUUGGAGAUGGAGGACUGGGACGAGGACCUAGACGGACCUCGACCUGUCAAGGAACAAGCGGCAGCCGUCAACGGAGAUAGCGACAAUGUAGAAGCAGCAUAUACCCCGUCAUUUGUCUUGCGUCUGCCCCUCCUAGACCCGAGCCUGCUUCACCCCGUGCACCUCACCUUUCUGCAUGAGUAUCGCGAGCCCACGUUCGGUGUCUUGUCCUCUAGCCAAGCGCCUGCUGCUUCCCUGGGAUCCAAGGAUCAUCUGUCGUACAAGGUCUUUACUCUGGACCUCCAACAGAGGGCCUCUACGACCAUCUUAUCAGUGACUGGCCUGCCUCAUGACCUUUACAAAGUUAUCGCUCUGCCUGCUCCUGUCGGUGGCGCCUUGUUAGUUGGUCAGAACGAGUUGAUCCAUGUUGACCAAUCUGGAAAGCCAAAUGGCGUGGCCGUCAAUCCUAUGGCUAAGCUGGCGACGUCCUUUAGUCUGACUGAUCAAGCAGACUUAAAUCUGCGCCUUGAGAACUGUGCCAUCGAGCUACUUGCUGUUGAAAAUGGCGAGCUACUUUUAAUAUUAAGUGAUGGCCGACUAGGCAUAAUUUCCUUCAAGAUUGACGGACGAACAGUGUCAGGGCUCAGUGUCAGGCUGGUGGGCGCAGACUGCGGCGGCAAUGUAAUCCAGAGCAGAGUUACGUGUAUUUCCCGACUGGGGAAAAACGCGUUCUUCAUCGGGAGCGAAACUAGCGACUCCGUCGUAUUAGGAUGGUCGAGAAGACAGACACAGGAAAAGCGUAGGAAAUCUCGGCUCAUAGAUCCAGAUCUAGCUUUGGAAGUGGACGAGCUCGACUUGGAGGAUGAUGAAGAGGAUGAUGACCUCUACGGCGAUGAUUCCGCUGCGGUCAAGCCCCAAACGACAAAUGGAGGCCCAGCCAAAUCUGGAGAUUUGAGUUUUCGAAUACACGAUGUGCUACUUAGCAUCGCACCGAUACAAGAUAUUACAUGCGGACAGGCCGCCUUUCCAGACGGCGAGGAGGCCACCUUGAACAAAGGUGUCUCGGCUGAUCUGCAGCUUGCCUGUGCUGUCGGGCGUGGAGGAGCAGGUUCCCUUGCAAUCAUCAACCGCGAGAUCCAGCCCAGAGUUAUCGGCCGGUUUGAGUUUCCAGAAGCGAGAGGGUUCUGGACAAUGUGUGUUAAGAAGCCAGUUCCCAAGUCGUUGGGUACGAAUGCUGGGGUUGCUGGCGACUACGACACACCGAUACAACACGACAAAUUCAUGAUUGUUGCCAAGGUCGAUCUGGAUGGGUACGAAACAUCUGAUGUGUAUGCCCUGACGGCAGCGGGCUUUGAGACCUUGAAGGAGACAGAGUUUGAGCCUGCUGCUGGAUUUACAGUGGAAGCUGGCACGAUGGGAAAGCAAAUGGUGGUUAUUCAAGUGCUCAAGUCGGAGGUGCGAUGUUAUAACGGAGAUCUGGGGUUGAUCCAGAUUUUGCCCAUGCUGGAUGAAGAAACAGGUGCAGAGCCGCGGGCUGUCAGUGCAAGUAUCGUUGACCCGUAUUUGCUCAUUAUUCGCGACGACGGCAGCGUGUUCCUCGCACAAAUUGAUGGCAACAAUGAGAUUGAGGAGGUGGAAAAGGCAGACAGUGGCCUUACAUCAACAAAAUGGGUAGCUGGAUGUCUGUAUAAAGACACCAAGGGCGUCUUUCAGUCAAGCCUCGAUGGCGCAGCUAGGAAACCAAGCGAAGAAGUCAUGAUGUUCUUGCUCAAUUCAGCAGGAGCUUUGCAUAUAUACGCACUACCGGAUCUUUCAAAGCCUGUUUAUGUCGCCGAGGGACUUUCAUCAAUACCUCCCCAUCUUUCAGCUGGAUUUGUGGCUAGAAGAGGUGCCACCCGAGAAAGUCUCACGGAGAUUGUCGUAGCAGACCUUGGAGAUUCGGUCCACUCCUCACCUUACUUGAUAUUACGACACUCCACUGAUGAUCUUACCAUAUAUGAGCCAAUUCGCCUACCUGCAACUUCAGCUACUCACACUUUAUCAGAUACGCUCUUCUUUAAAAAAUCGGCAAAUUCUACUUUGGCCAAGAGUGCCAUCGAGGACCCAUCGGAUGACACGGCGCAACCGCCGCGGUACGUGCCUCUGAGAACCUGCACGAAUGUGGGUGGCUACAGCGCCGUGUUCCUUCCCGGUCCAUCGCCGGCGUUCAUUAUCAAGAACAGCAAAAGUAUUCCGAGAGUGGUUGGUCUGCAAGGCCUUGGGGUUCGGGGCAUGAGCACUUUCCACACUGAAGGUUGCGAUAGAGGAUUCAUUUACGCAGACUCUGAAGGCAUAGCUAGAGUGACACAGCUCCCGAGCAAAACCAACUUUACAGAACUGGGUGUCUCGGUGAAGAAGGUUCCAUUGGGCCACGACGUUCGCCAUGUUUCUUACCACCACCCCACCGAGAUGUACAUUGCGGGCUGUACAAUCACUGAGAAAUUUGAGUUGCCAAAGGAUGAUGAUUAUCAUAAAGAAUGGGCUCGAGAGUCGCUCUCUUUCUUGCCUUCGAUGGCCAGAGGGGCUCUUAAACUAAUCAACCCCAUCACAUGGACCGUCAUUCACUCAAUUGACAUGGAGCCCGGAGAGUCGAUUGAAUGCAUGAAGACGUUGCAUCUCGAAGUGUCUGAAGAGACCAAAGAGCGGAGAAUGCUGCUAGCAGUAGGCACUGCCUUGACAAGAGGCGAAGACUUGCCCACUAGAGGGCGCGUGCAAGUGUACGACAUCGUUACCGUCAUCCCAGAGCCUGGGAAGCCAGAAACGAACAAGAGACUCAAGCUCCUAGCCAAGGAGGAAAUUCCUCGUGGCGGCGUGACGGCCUUGUCCGAAAUUGGCACUCAGGGGCUUAUGCUGGUGGCGCAAGGCCAGAAGUGUAUGGUGCGCGGUCUUAAGGAAGAUGGCUCAUUGCUUCCUGUGGCCUUUCUAGAUAUGAGCUGUCAUGUAUCCACGGCACGGGAAUUACCAGGCACCGGCCUCUGCCUGAUUGCGGACGCGUUUAAGGGUCUGUGGUUCGCCGGGUAUACGGAGGAGCCAUAUACAUUCAAGGUGCUCGGCAAGAGUAGCGGGUCGCUGCCCCUGCUGGUGGCAGAUUUUCUCCCAGACGGGGAAGAUUUAUCGAUGGUUGCUGUGGAUGCAGAUGGGGAUAUCCAUGUUCUCGAGUUCAAUCCAGAGCACCCCAAAUCUCUUCAAGGCCACCUGUUACUUCACCGAACUACAUUCAGCGUGACCCCUAACCCCCCAACCUCGACUCUCCUCUUACCACGCACCCUCCCCGCAUCUCAUUCCGCGACUACAUCGCCCGACUCAUCAUCUUCUCAACCGCACUUGCUCCUCUUCGCAUCUCCCUCAGGCUCCCUAGCCGCUCUAACGCCCCUCCCCGAGUCCGCCUACCGCAGACUCCUCUCCGUCACAAACCAGCUCCUACCGGCCCUCGUGCCCCACGGCGGCCUCCACGCCAGAGCACACCGCACCCCCGAGGGCGGAGGCGGCAUGUCUCAUGGCGCGAUCUUGGCUCGAUGGAAUGAGCUGGGCGCCGCUAAGAGGGCUGAGGUUGCGACUAGGGGUGGAUAUGAUGGCAUCAUGGAGAUGAGAGAGGAUCUGGAAGCAGUGUUGGGAUGGAGUGGACUUGCAUAUAUUUAA